GUUUUCUUUGGCAAUGUGGAUUCAUCUGGGAUUAAGCACAAUAGUUUUAAUCCUCCAAUUAUUGCUCGAUACAUCCGUUUGCACCCCACUCAUUCUAGCAUCCGUAGUACUCUUCGCAUGGAGUUGAUGGGCUGUGAUUUAAACAGUUGCAGCCUACCAUUGGGAAUGGAGAGUAAAGUAAUAUCAGAUACACAAAUUACUGCCUCAUCCUACUUCACCAAUAUGUUUGCCACUUGGUCUCCUUCACAAGCUCGACUUCACCUCCAGGGAAGGACUAAUGCCUGGCGACCUCAGGUGAAUGAUCCAAAAGAAUGGUUGCAAGUGGACUUACAAAAGACAAUGAAAGUCACUGGAAUAAUAACCCAGGGAGUGAAAUCUCUUUUUACCAGCAUGUUUGUGAAAGAGUUCCUUAUCUCCAGCAGUCAAGAUGGCCAUCACUGGUCUCAAAUUUUACACAAUGGCAAGGUAAAGGUAUGUUCUCAUAAAAAAGGCACAGUGUUCAUGGUGACUCAAGUCUGUAAUCCUUUCACACAGUUAUAG